CAGAUCAACUGAUAAAAGGAAGAUAUGACUGAGAAUAAAAGAGGACGGGUGAGAAAAAAAUAGCAGGAAUGACCAUCAUUCUUUUUGCUUGAAGAGUGGUUUUCCUCUUCUUUUCACCUCUUUUUUCUCCCCUUUUUAAAACCUUGCCCUCUUGGGAACUCUUUUCCUUCUCCACACCUUUUAUAGGUACGGUAUACUUUUACAGUCAGUCAGUGAGAGCCUACAGUCAUUCUUUCUGAGGCUGAGGGAAAAAAAGCAGGAGGGCAUUACACAAACCCCUCAGUGUGGAAGGCACUCAGUAUCUCACCACAUCAUGACUACCAGAUCUGCGCUCCUGAUUCUGGCAGCCCUCGUUGGAUCCUGCGCUCAGUUUACAGACACUGUCUACACUGAUGUAAGAGAAAAUGAACUGUCAACAGAAACAUCAGAGGAGACAGAAAGUUACAUGCCAAUACUUUGCUCACCAAUACCUGGCCCCUUGUCUCCAUCCUCCUCAGUUGAUGCUCUCAGCCCUGCUGAUGUCUCAGCUGUUUACACCUUGGGAGUACCACUCUCACACAGGGAUGAAGCAUUCAGAGUGGUCAGCAGACUAACUGAAUUGCUGUCUAUGCUUAACCCUGAAAUGAUCACUCAACAUGUGGAUCAGACUUCUCUGCAGCCCAGGAGUUUGCUGGAGGAAGCUGAGGAACUGUCUUUGUCCCUGUCACAGCAGGUCUCAGACUGGAAGUUUGUGCUGUUGUUUGUCCCAGCAGAUUCCAUGUGUGCCUGUUCACCACAUGUUGCUGCAGAUGUUAACGCUGCUGUGCAGGAUGUGGAAGUGGCUCUGCAGAUAUUGCAAGAAAGGUUGCAUCGCACUUUAGUUCAUGUUGCAGUUUGGAGCGCAUAUCAUCAGCAGGACAAGUGUGAGUGUAUGAGAGAUGACGGCAUAAACCAACGCCUACGUAAAGCAACUCUCCUAAAAACACUGCAGGACUCUCUAAGUCAUGUCUUGAAAAAGCCAAGGUGGCACAGCAAAAGUGCAGACUUCACUGCCAUGCUACAGUCUGCCCCAGUUAUCCUUGAACCCAGCUCAGAUUCUGAUAACACAUGGUCUGAAACAAACCAAGUUGCUAUUCAGCUAUGGACAAACAUGCUUCAGCCAACAACGGGUCAGACAGAGGUCAUGGACGACAGUGUCAUCCCCAUUCCUUGCCCUACCCGGGAACGACCUUUCCUACGGACACAGAAAAAUUCCCCCUCUGACAGUGAAAAGACAGUUUACAGCAAAGCUUCUACAUUAACAGAUCCUGUUAUGGGUACUGAGAUAAACUGCACAGACCGCAGUCCAUCUCCCACUACACCAACUUCAGUUCAUCAACUCAGACCUGGAGAUAUCAAGGUCGUGGCAGCAGUAGGCGACUCUCUGACAGCAGCCAAUGGUGUGGGUGCAAAGACAGACAACCUUCUGUUAGUGAUUAGUGAGUACAGAGGACUGUCAUGGAGUAUUGGUGGUGAUGAAAACAUUACCACUGUAACCACUCUGCCAAACAUCCUGAAGGAGUUUAACCCCUCCCUGACUGGCUUCUCAGAGGGAAUAGGUAAUGAGGACAAUCCUAAGGCCUUUCUCAAUCAGGCUGUGGCAGGAGCAAAGAGUGGUGACAUGGUGCGACAGGUGCGCAUCCUAGUGGACAAAAUGAAAAGUGAUCCGCGCAUUGAUUUCCAUAAUGAUUGGAAAGUGAUCACCAUGUUUAUUGGAGGCAAUGACAUCUGUGACUUCUGCACUGACAGCGUCUUUUUCUCGCCCAGGAAUGUGGUCAUUCGUAUCCAACAAGCUCUGGACAUACUCCACAGUGAAGUUCCCCGUGCCAUUGUCAAUCUGGUAGAACUGUUAAACAUUGUACCGCUGCGUGAUCUGCACAAUGAUAAAAGUCUGGGCUGUCCCACCUGGUUUGUAAGUUUAGUUUGCCCCUGUAUCCUGAAGCCUAAAGCAGGAUCCUCUGAACUCCACAAGGUCAAUGACUUCAAUAGAGCUUAUCAGCGUACUAUGAGAGAGCUUAUUGACUCUGGGCGGUAUGACACACACGACAACUUCACUGUGGUGCUGCAGCCGUUCUUCAGAGAGGUUUUCCUUCCCAUGUUAGAGGAUGGCCGACCUGAUCGCUCUUACUUUUCACCCGACUGUUUUCAUCUCAGCCAGAAAGCUCACACUCUGAUGGCUCGUGCUCUGUGGAACAACAUGUUAGAGCCGGUGGGCAACAAGACUUUUACGCAAGACUUCACAGCUGGCAUUGAUUUGAAGUGUCCCUCUGAGACCAACCCAUUCUUCAGGACUGCUCUCAAUAGCAACUACACCUUUCCAGGCCCUCCACCCACUCCUCCUCCUGUUACAAACUGGGGAAGUGACUUCUCCUGCGUUAACACAGCUCCGUCCAACUCUGUGCCCACAUCAGCUCACAGGAUACGGCCAGCAGACAUCAAGGUGGUGGCUGCUCUGGGAGACUCUUUAACAACUGGGUUUGGUGCUAAGGCAAAGAAUCUGCUGCAGCUAAGAACCGAGUACAGAGGAGUGUCGUGGAGCAUCGGAGGAGACAAAAAUCUCGACACUGUCACAACAUUACCCAAUAUCCUUAAGAAGUUCAAUCCUAAAAUCAAAGGAGUGUCAAUUGGACAAGGGAAAAGACGGACUGGCUUCAACAUGGCUGUUUCAGGGGCUAAAAUAUCAGGAAUCCCUGGGCAGGUCCGGCGUCUGAUUGAUACCAUAAAAAAUGACUCUUCAGUGGAUUUCCAGAAUGACUGGAAGCUGGUGACCCUCUUCAUUGGAGGAAAUGACCUGUGUCAGUACUGCAACGACCGGGCCUCUUUGUCGCCUCAGAACUACAGCCGUCAUAUGAUGACAAGCUUGGACAUGUUGUACAAAGAGCUUCCCAGGACAAUAGUCAACGUCUUGGAGAUCCUGGAAAUUGAAGGACUUCGCAGGAUCAAAAGGGAUAGUCUUGGGUGCAGUGUGUUACAAAAGUAUGUCUGCCCAUGCUUCUUGUUGCCAGGAGAGGAUUCCCCCGAGCUGGCUGAAGUAAAACGGAUCAAUCGGCAAUUACAGAUCGAGACAGACAAACUGGUGAACGGAGGCCGCUACGAUGGCAGAGAGGACUUUGCUGUGGUCGUGCAGCCCUUUUUUCAAAACUCCAUUGUUCCUUUGAAUGCUGACGGCAGACCUGAUGCCACCUACUUCUCCGAGGACUGUUUCCAUUUCAGUGAACGGGGACAUGCUGACAUGGCUGCAGCUCUGUGGAAUAACAUGUUGGAGCCAGUGGGUAAAAAACAGACAUACAACAAUUUCACAAACGCCAGAAAUAACAUCAAAUGCCCCACUGAGGAGCAUCCAUACAUCUUCACAAAGGAGAACAGCUUGCCCGGUUCGACUAGCCACUCCAGCACCUGGAACCGACAGCACGGCUUCACCUCACAGCUCCACAACGCACAGCACGACCUCUCCUCUCACCUCCACCGGCACCACCUCAGCACCACCACCUCUCACCUCUGAUUGCUCGAACAAUUUGCCAGCAUGGCUCGCUGCUGUGACGGCGGUUACUGGUGUUCUGAUUGGUUUGGCUGCCACCUGGCUCCUCCUCCACUGCAGAGCCAAAAGAAGCAAGAGGAUGAUGGCGGCUGCAGUGGAGAUG